AUGCAAGUGCUCCCAGGGAAUUCAAAACAAAUGUUGGAAGCUCUUCACCUAGCAGAAGGCAGCUUUCCAUUCAAAUAUUUGGGAGUAUCUUUGUCCACAAGGAAAAUUACUAUAUCACAAUGUAUGCCAUUAGUGGAGAGGAUAGUGGACAGAAUCAGAAGCUGGACAUCCAUGUUUUUAUCCUAUGCUGGAAGAUUACAACUCAUCAAGAGUGUAUUGUUUGAAAUGCAGACUUACGAGGCUCAAGUAUUUCUUAUUCCAAAAAAGGUUAUUAAACUGGUAAAUGGUAUAUGCAGGAAUUACCUGUGGACUGGUAGUCAUGAUACUACUCAUAGGGCUCCUAUAGCAUGGGAGACUUUGUGUAAACCACAAACUGCUGGAGGUUUGAACAUAGUCAAUUAUGAGAGAUGGAAUAAAGCUGCCUUGAAUAAGCUUCUUUGGGCUAUAAUAUCUAAGAAAGACAAGCUAUGGAUCAAGUGGAUUCACUGCCACUACAUAAAGAAGAAAGACAUUGCUACUAUGGAGACCCUUAAGCAAGCUAAAUGGCUAGUAAGGAAGAUGUUUGUAGCAAAAGAGUGGUGGGUAAAUGAUAUUACAAAAAUUCAAACCUGCACUCAGAAUGGGAAGUUCAGUAUUAGGAAGACUUACCUUCAUACUACUCCACAGUAUCCCAAAGUCCACUGGAAAAUAAUAGUUAUGGUAACUGGAAUGCUACCAAAACAAAAGUACAUUUUAUGGAUGGCAAUGCAUAGAAGACUAGCUACAGUUGACAGAUUAGUCAAAUGGGGAGUUCAAGUAGAUCAGUCAUGUACAUUGUGUGGAAGAGAUAUAGAAGAGACACAUGACCACUUGAAUCUAAGAAAGGUACUGCUAGGAGUGAUAUUUGCAGCAGUAGUCUACAACAUCUGGAUGGAGCGAAAUGAAAGAAGAUUUCAACAGCAGAGUAAAGAGGCCAAAGACAGAGCAAAGGAAAUUGCUCUUCAAGUGCAUGUUGCUGGACAGAAGAAACCCAAAUGGUUACCUAUUCUACAGCCGUUCAAUAGUUAUCCUACAUGUAAUCCAUGA